AUGGAGACCGGAAAUAUUUUACCAAAUGAUUAUAUUUCAAAAAGAAAUUCAUUAAAAAAUAAGAAAUGUCACGUUUCCAUCACUGAAAAAUCCAUACAAAGUCCCACCACUGCUCAACUAUCCGCCUCUACUGCACUCAGUUCAGAUUCCCUAGAUUCCCCUUCACAUGUUUAUCGGACCUUUCUGGACUUACCUUCUCUUGAUGGUGAUGAUGUCCAAUCUUCCGCCUAUUAUGCCUAUGCUUCCUCUUGGUCCGACUAUGCCUUUGCGUUUCGCUUCUCAGAUGCUCUCCUUCUCUUCGCUACAAUCACAUUUACUUGUUUAUCUGCAUCUCUGGAACCGCUCAUGACUUGGACUAUGGGUAAAAUCUUUGAUGCUUUUUCCAACUAUGCACGAUCCAUGAUUUCCCUCGACGAAAUGUGCUCCAUCGUCAAUUUUAACUCCCUUCUUAUUUUCCUAUUCGGUAUGGCUUCAUGGGUGUUUAGUUUUGCCGUUCGUUUUCUCUGGCAGUACCUUAGUGCCGUUAUUGGAAAACGGUCUCGCUCUCUUUGUUUUCAUGCCCUUACCAACAAACCAUCUACUUUUUACUCACUCAUCAACAGCUCUAGCGCCUUAAUCAAUUCGGUCGACAGAUGUAUUAUAUUUUAUGAAUCCUCCAUCAAUCUUCCCCUUUUUCAUAUCGUCGAAAACUUGGCUAUUGUCAUUUCUUGCCUCGCCAUAUCCUUUCGCUACAGCUGGUCCUUGACACUUAUCAUCAUGGCUUCUUAUCCCAUUAUUAUGUUUGUCGUUGCUUUCAUCAAUUCUUUUCUUUAUAAUAGCUAUGAGGGUGAUCGCCUUGCUUCUGAAAAAGCAGCUUCUUUCAUAGAAAGAGUAUUGAUGGCUUUUAAAACUGUAACCUUUCAUGCCAUGCAAAAUCAUGAGUUUCACAAUCUUCAAGGAGCCAUCAACCAAAGCUCUAAAAAUUUUCUCCGAUUUUCCUUUCUUCAUUCCCUGCAAGGUGGAAUCUCACAAUUCUUCUUGUAUUCAGUUUUUUUUCAAGGUCUUUGGUUUGGUAACCAUUUAGCCAACUCCGGAAAAGUUACUGCUGGUCAGGUCGUUACCGUUUUUGGUUCUUGUCUCUCCGUUGCCUCUGCCAUCCAACAAAUUCUUCCAUCCAUUCCUGACCUUAUAAAAGGAAAAUUCGCUUCCCAUUUUCUCAAGUCUUUAUGUCAUGAACCUGCUUCUUCCAAACAAAAACCUCCUAAAGUCGGUUUCCAAGACGUUAAGCUAUCUUGGAAUUUCAACAUGCGCAAUGUUUCUUUUAUGUAUCCAAGCACAGAAGAUCACAAGCCUUUCAGCAUCAUCAAUCUCUCCAUGUCCAUUUCUUCUGGUAAGGUUUCGCAUAUAAUUGGACCAAGUGGUUCAGGUAAAAGCACUAUUGCUACGUUGCUUAUGAGCUUUUUUCAGCCCACUUAUGGCUUUAUAUAUGUGGAUGAUGUUCCUUUAGCAAUGAUCGAUCCAAACUAUGUGUAUUCCAAUGUUACUUUAGUUAGGCAAGAAGCUGUCGUAUUUGAUAUGACAAUUCGUGAAAACAUUAUGAUCGGAAACCAUAAUGCCUCUGAAAGCGAUUUUGAAUGUGCUGUCCGCCUAGCCCUUGUUGACGAAUUUGUUUGGAAUUUUGACGAAGGCUAUGAUACUCCUUGUCAUGGGGGAACCCUUAGCGGAGGACAACGUCAAAGGAUUGCAUUAGCUAGAGCACUUCUUCGAAAUACUGAGGUAUUAAUCCUCGAUGAGCCUACUAGUGGUUUAGACAUUAUAUCGAAAAACCUGAUCAACGAUGCUAUUCGUGCACACCGCUUAGGUAAGACAACUAUUUACAUUACCCACGAUAUGUCUCAAAUCUACAAUGAUGAUUCCGUAUUUGUCGUUGAAAACGGUCGCUUACUGCAUCAGGGUACAAAAAGGGAUUUAUGCAAUCUCGGGUUAUUCGACAAUCCAUCUGAUGAGCAAGAGGAACCCGUUUCUGAAAUGCCAUGUUUGGAAAAUCCUUUUUUAGCAAGUUUUGAAAAAUCAGAGGAAAGUUAUGGUUCUUACGAUGACAUAUCCCCCUCUUUCGUUGAUGCAUCGCCAAGCAUGUCUGUUAUGCACAAUCGAGAUCCAAAAAAUUACUCCAUGUUGCAAGAAAAACCAUUAGAUACUGCAGAUGGUAACAGAAACUUAUUUUUAGAAGAAAAGGAGUCUGUAUACUCCAUAUGUGCUAUAUUCAAAAGCCUAUGGAAAGUUCCGAGGGCCAGAUAUCUGUUUUUCUUUGGUUGUUUAACUUCACUUGCACAAGGUGCAAGCAUACCGGUAUUAUCUUUUAUCGUAUCUAAGUCUCUAAACUUGUUUAUGCAUCAAAAUAUGUCUGUUGGGAUCGCAUUAUGGUCUUGUAUGAUUUUAGUCGUGGCCGCAUUCACUGGCUUGUUUUAUUUUUUGAGUCAUUAUAUAUUUUCCAAGGCCGCUACAAAUUGGUGUGAUUACUAUCGUCUCGUUGGCAUGAAAACGUUGUUAUCGCAGGACCAGGAAUGGUACGAUGAAACAUCAAAUUCACCUAUCUUAUUCUCAAAAAUUUUGGUGAAUAACAUCAAUGAUAUGAGAAACCUGAUUGAUUCUUUGGUAGAAGAACUUUUUGUUGCUUUCGUGAUGAUGAUAGUUGGUUUGAUAUGGGCUUUAAUAACUGGAUGGAAGUUGGCUAUUAUUCUGACAGCCGUAAGUCCUGUUUUGAUACUCACUUCGAAGGUUUUCUCUUACUUCUACGUUAAAACGGAAAAAGAUUGUCAAGACUGCUCAAUUACUACUACUUCUAUCUUGCAUCAAACUACCAUGAACCUUGACGCAAUUAAAGGGCUUUCUGUUAUGCCAUAUUUUCGCGAAAAGUACAAAGAACUCCUCAAAGAUUAUUGGGACGCUACUAAAAAGAAGGCUUUGUAUACUAGCUUAGGAUAUUCCGUCACCUGUUCUCUUUUAUAUUUUGUUCGUUCUCUUCUAUUUUAUGCUGCAGCAAAGUUUAUAUCGAAAAACUAUUAUAACGUCGAGCAAACCAUACAGAUUUUAUCGCUAGCGGUAUUUACGAUGGUAUCUGCUUCUAGUUGCAUCAUGUCUUUGCCAAAUGUUUCUGCUAGCAGAAUUGAAGCUAGCAGGGUUCUGCGUUUGGCUGAUAUGAAGCCAGGCAAACUCAACGAUCAAGGAAAUAUGAAGUUUCCUUUCGUUGGAAAAAUUGAAUUUGACAGAGUUAAUUUUGCUUAUAAUCAAGAGCGAGGAGCUUCCGCUCUUGAAGAUGUAUCAUUUUCAAUAAAACCAAAGGAAAAAGUCGCUAUUGUUGGUGGAUCUGGUUCAGGAAAAUCAACUACGGCAGAGCUGCUUCAAAAGGUUUAUAUGUCUGACAAUAUUUAUAUCGAUGACCAUCCCCUUUCUGAAAUCGACACUAAGUGGUUAAGACGAAAAAUGGCUGUUGUAGACCAAAAGCCAAAUUUGAUGGGUGAAACAAUUUUGGAGAGUUUAUUGUAUGGCUGCGACGCGAACAUGGUAGCAAUUGAAGAAGCGCUAAAACAAGCCAACAUUCUCGAAACCUUACAAGAUCUGCCGAACUAUUUGGAAUCGCCAAUCUCAGAGUUUAGCAAAAAUCUCUCUGGUGGACAAGCUCAACGUUUAGCUAUCGCUAGGGCAUUGCUCCGAAAACCAAGAAUUUUAAUUUUGGAUGAAUGUACUUCUGCACUAGACUCUAAUUCGUCGAGAAAAAUUGAGCAAACAAUUCAAAGCUUGACAUGUACAGUACUUAUCAUUACUCACCAAACUUCGUUGAUGAGACUCGCCGAUCGUAUUAUUGUCAUGGAUUCCGGUAGAGUUAUGGAAACUGGUUCUUAUGAUGAAUUAAUGACUCCACAUACUCAUUUUUGGAAACUUGUCCAUAGUGGUAAAUGGACGGACUAA